AACAACGGAGAACAUGAAUUUGUUGUGAGCGCUGAAGACCGAAGGAGGAGGGUGCCUGCUCCUGGCAAACAUGAAGUCAGAGCUUUGGUAUUUCUUUCUCUUCUGCUUCCAAGUUGAAGUUCUAAUGGGGGAAACCAAUGAUUCUGCCAAGUAUGAGAUGUUUGCAUUUCACAACGGAAGUGUGCAAGUUUUAUGCAGAUACCCUGAGUCUGUACAACAAUUCAAAAUGCAGCUGCUGAGGGGGGAACAAGUGCUCUGUGACCUCAGGCAGACGAGGGACAAUGAAAACGCAGUGAUUGUGAAGGCUCUGAAAUCCUGUCAACAUCAGUUACUCAACAACAGUGUGUCUUUUUUUCUAUAUAAUUUGGACAGUUCCUAUGCCGGCUAUUACUUCUGCAAGUUAUCAAUUUUUGAUCCUCCUCCUUUUCAAGUAGAGACUCUUAAAGAAUAUUUGCAUAUUUAUGAAUCACAGCACUGUUGCCAACUGAAGUUCUGGUUACCCAUAGGAUGUGCAGCUUUUGUGAUAGUCUACAUUUUUGGAUGCAUGUUUAUUUUUUGGUUUACAAAAAAGAAGUAUCAACCCAGUGUGCAUGACCCGAAUAGUGAAUACAUGUUCAUGGCAGCAGUGAACACAGCUAAAAAACCUAGACCAGCAGAACUCUCUGGCACUCGGGCAUGAAACACACCAACUGCGUCUCCACUCCCACAUCCCACUCCCACUCCACCCCGCCACCUUGCAAGGAGAGACUCCUGGACCAUGGAUUUUGACUUGAUUUGACAACAUUCAUCUCCUGUUGGUGUUUUGUGCAAAGUGGACCAACAACUCUAUAUGCCAACAGGAUUUUAGUACAUUUUCUUGGUGCUGCUGGUUUCUCACCUUCUUGCAACUAGCCUUACAGAAAGUUCAUCUCAUAUGCACUCAACAAACAGACCUCACUAGGAGGGAAUUCCUGUCUCCAUGCCAACGCCUAGCAGCUCUACACUCAGUAAAACAAAUGUCUUUUUUUUUUUUU